CCCGAUUAUGGGAUGAGUACUAGGUAGCUCUUGGCUAGAAUAUAAUUGCGUAUAUCUGCAUAUCAGAAAUCUUCAACUUUGACUCAUCUUUUUAAUAUAAAGGUCCAAAUACCAAUUCGUCGUCCUAAUAUCCUAUCUUUUCAACAGUCAAUUAGCUCGAAGACGACCAUGGCUUCCCAGUUCCCUACUAAGAAAUGCGGCGUCUUAGGCUGCACCGGCUCCGUCGGCCAGCGCUUCAUCCUGCUGCUUUCGCAACACCCGCACUUCGUCCUCCAUGCCGUGGGCGCGUCGUCCCGGUCCGCGGGUAAGAAGUACAAGGAUGCCGUCAAGUGGAAGCAGGCCUCGCCUAUGGGCUCCGUAGGCGAGCUCGUCGUCCGCGAGUGUAAGGCUAGCGAGUUCGCAGACUGCGAUGUUGUGUUCAGCGGUUUAGAUGCGGACGUCGCUGGGGAUAUCGAAAUGGAAUUCCUCAAAGCCAACCUCGCCGUCUUCUCCAACGCAAAGAACUACCGUCGCGACCCACUCGUCCCCCUCGUCGUCCCAACCGUCAACCUGCCACACCUGGACCUAAUCCCGCACCAGCGCGCGCACCACAACCUUCAAAAAGGGUUCCUAGUCUGCAACUCGAACUGCGCCGUAAUCGGGCUCGUAAUCCCCUUCGCAGCACUACAAGCGCGCUUCGGGCCCGUCGACGCCGUGUCCGUCGUCACCAUGCAAGCCGUGUCGGGCGCCGGGUAUCCGGGGGUAAGCAGCAUGGACAUAGUCGACAACGUCGUCCCCUUCAUCUCCGGCGAAGAAGACAAGCUGGAGACGGAAGCGCGGAAGAUCCUCGGCUCCAUCAACGCCGACGCCACCGCGCUCGCCGACCAAGACGGCCUGCGCGUCUCCGCGAGCUGUAACCGAGUCCCGGUUCUCGAUGGCCACACCGCUUGUGUUAGUCUCCGGUUCAAGAAUCGCCCGAGUCCGUCUGCCGAUGAGGUCAAGGCUGCGAUGAGGGAGUACGUUAGCGAUGCGCAGAGGCUGGGAUGCCCCAGCGCCCCGACCCCGAGUAUUUUGGUCUUCGACGAGCCGGAUCGUCCGCAGCCGCGGUUGGAUCGCGAUUUGGGGCGUGGGUACACGGUUAGUGUGGGUCGUGUGCGCGAGGAUGAGAGUGGUAUCUUUGAUAUUAAGUUUGUUGCGCUGAGCCAUAAUACUGUCAUUGGAGCGGCUGGGUCUUCGAUAUUGAAUGCAGAGGCUGCGGUGCUUAAGGGGUUUAUCUGAGAGGGAUGAGAAAGGGGGAGAGAUAGGAUUGCUAGAGUGCAAGUAUCCUGCAUCUAUGGCGUUAGGUUGGUUCAUUUGCAUAGGUACGGGAGAUAAAAGGGGGUAGGUAGGCUUCGAAAGUGCGCUAUUGAGGUGGUAGAUGUGAGGCCCGAAUAAAAAAGAAUGUUUCGUUUGAUUUCUUAACUGCUUCUUGCCCAAGGAAGUCUUCUGCUGUUGCUUACUG